AAAAAAGGAGUCAUUACGGCGUGAGCUGUCAGUGGCCCUAAUAAACCCAAAAUAAACAGUUCAGUCUGUGGUAGCCUUAUAAUCCCCCAACAAAGGAAGUCUUCACAGACAAAAAUGGCUAAUAAAGUUCCACGGAUCUUGGUGACUGGAGCAUCAGGACUGCUGGGCCGAGCUGUUGUCAAGGUCUUGAAAGCGAAAGAAUGGGAUGUUGUGGGUGUAGCAUUCACUAGAGUUGGUUCUGGGCUAAUAAAGUGCAACUUAACUGACUCAGAAGCUGUAAGUGCCUUGAUAGAAAAAGUAAAGCCUGACAUCAUAAUCCAUGCUGCAGCUGAGCGUUUCCCCGAUGUUGUGGAGAAAAAAUAUAAGGAAACACAACUGCUGAAUGUGAAGGCUUCUGCCCAUAUUGCUUCAGUUGCUCAGCAGCACGGUAGUAAAUUGCUUCACAUCAGUACGGAUUAUGUGUUUGAUGGCACUUCACCUCCCUACAAAUGUAAUGAUAAAUGCAAUCCUCUCAACAAGUAUGGUCAGACAAAGUUACAUGCAGAACAAGCUGUUUUAAGGGAGUGUCCAGGUGCCUGUAUAUUGCGAGUUCCCGUUCUUUAUGGACCUGUUGAGAGACUGGAAGAAAGUGCUGUCACUUGUCUGUUCAGUGCUCUGAAAAGCAGAGAGCCUACAACUGUGUCUCACCAUGAUAAGCGAUGCCCAGCCCAUGUAAAUGAUAUAGCACACAUUAUGUAUGAUUUGAUUUCACUCAUCAUGAAGGGUAAAACUCUUGAUGGGAUUUUUCAGUGGAGUGGAAAAGAAAAGCUAACAAAAUAUGAAAUGACCCUGACAAUGUCUCGAAUCUUCUCUUUACCACACGACCAUAUUACACCCAGUUACUCUGCUGGGUCACUCAGACCCUACGACCCUGAGAUGGAUGUAUCACGACUCACUGAUUUAGGAAUAUCUCAUCACACCAACUUUGAAGAUGGUAUUAAGGAAUGUCUAUCUCCAUGGUUGUAAUGCUUCCAUGAUGAUAGACACAGAUGAAUGAAACUUAUUUCUUUCUCUUCACCAGCUAAACAUCAGUGUAUCAGUUACUCUUUUAUUAUCUGUACUUUGCCAUUCAAGAGAAUUACUUUCACGAUGGUGAAGGGCUCUAUAUCCAAGGAGUUUGAACUACCUUACCUUUCCUUGGGCCCAGUUUUUAAGCCCUCAUCUUUGAUCAAACCUGAUUGAAUUCUAUUCCUCAGAUUCUGUAUGAUCUGUUAGAAUUUAGCUAAUCCCCAUGAAUAUAAUAAUAAUAAUAAUAAUAAUAAUAAUACAUACAUACAUACAGAUCUUUCUUGCUUUAUGUGUUCCAGGCCCAGGGCAGUUGUAAUAAGCUCAUUCAAGCUAUUAACACUUAAUUCUAUUUAAUAACAAUCUUCAGUAUGUUUUGUGAGCCUCACUAGUCACAUACAGUAGUGUUUAUCACAUAUAAAGUUCGUUUGCAUUAAGAGAUGGAAAGUCUGUGUAGUUCAAGAAUAUUAUUUUUAUUAUAAUCAUGGGAAAGCGCUAAACCCCUAGAAUUAUACAGUGCCUGUGGAAGGGGGGAUGGAAAGUAUUCAGGCUUAAUGUAGGGAACUGGAGCACAGAUACAAUUCCCUAAAUCAAGAGUCCCUCACCAUUGUCAGGAAACCUCCCUUGAGGAGAGUUCAAGAACAAAGUAUCCCUUAACUGUAUUUGAAUUUAAGUGAAUCAAAUUGUAACUCAUUCCGUAUCAAAAGAUAUUUCUACUGUAAAGUUCCCAAUUAAGUGACAAGUUCUAAAUGAGACCAAUGAUUUUCUCAGCCUUGUCCUUUUUUUACAAAGCUGUCCAAGUUAUGCAAUGUAACUUUAAUUGUAGGGUACUUGCACGUGGUAAUAGCUUUCUCCCUGCACAUUAAACUAAUGUUGAAAAUUUGAUGCCAAUUGGACAAAGUGUUCUUAAUUCAUUGUUCUUGAUUCACUGGACUAAUGGAGAGGGGGAGAAGAUGUUAAAGCUGUCUGUUGUUUAAGUCCACAGUUGUUACAAUAACAGACAUUUUCGGAUUUAAUGGACUUAUUCUGUUGAAUCCAAAUAUUAAUUUACCCAUUAGACCAAAACAGUAACAGAUAAGUCUUUAUUUAACAGACUUUAAUUGUCUGUAAAAAUAUUGGACAAUUCUGAUUUAAGGGACUUUGCACAUUUAAUUCAAAAUGAAUUUACCCAGUAGUCUGUAAGAAUAAGAAGUUUCCGAAUGUUGUCCAACCACAGAUUUUAUUUUGUUUGUUAAAUUUGAAAUCCAAUAAGUCAGGAUCCAUUAAAUCAAGGCUUUACUGUAUUACUUACCUCAGUAGAAAUGGAUACAAACUAGUACUACCAACAAUAGUGAAGAAAGGACACGGGUACAAAGCACACUUUUACUGUGACAUUUUGUUCUUAUGUAGAGCUUUAUCAAGUCAAUGAUAAAAGUCUACAUAGAGCUGAACACUGUUACUGACUUCAUAAAUGGGGGCACAUCACAAGCGGUGUUUCGCAGGGGUCAGUGUUGGGCCCUUUGUCAUUCACAAUUUACAUAAAUGACAUAGAUGAGGGAAUAAAUAGCAACAUAAGCAAAUUUGCUGAUGACACCAAAAUAGGCCCUUCAAUUCACUCUAAUGAGGACCAUAGAGCACUUCAGGAUAAUUUGAAUAGAUUGAUGCAAUGGUCAGAGAAAUGGCAGGUGCAGUUUACUAAUGAUUGCGAAGAGGAUUUAGGAGUUCUGGUAAGCAGUAAUUUAAAACCAAGGCAGCAGUGCAUUAGUGUUCGCAAUAAAGCUAAUAGAAUCCUUGGCUUCAUAUCUAGAAGUAUAAAUAAUAGAAGUCCUCAGGUUGUUCUUCAACUCUAUAUAUCCUUGGUUAGGCCUCAUUUGGAUUAUGCUGCGCAGUUCUGGUCACCGUUUUACAGAAUGGAUAUACAGUGGACCCUCGACCAACGAUGGCAUCGAUUAACGAUAAAUCCGACUAGCGAUACAUUUUAACGCAAAAAUUUUGCCUCGACUAGUGCUAAAAAACUCGACCAACACUAUUCGUUCCAUCUGAGACGCGUCCACUUCUGGCCAGUGUUUACAAGCCAGCCAGCCACCGCGGUCGCUUCCAAGCAUACAAUCGGAACAUUUCAUAUUAUCACAGCCUUUUUAGUGAUUGCACCUGCAAAAUAAGCCACCAUGGGCCCCAAGAAAGCUUCUAGUGCCAACCCUACAGCAAAAAGGGUGAAAAUUACUAUGGAUAUGAAGAAAGAGAUCAUUGCUAAGUAUGAAAGUGGAGUGCGUGUCUCCGAGCUGACCAUGUUGUACACAAAACCCCAAUCAACCAUCGCUACUAUUGUGGGCAAGAAAACGGCAAUCAAGGAAGCUGUUCUUGCCAAAGGUGCAACUAUGUUUUCGAAACUGAGAUCGCAAGUACUCGAAGAUGUUGAGAGACUGUUAUUGGUGUGGAUAAACGAAAAACAGAUAGCAGGAGAUAGCAUCUCUCAAGCAAUCAUAUGUGAAAAGGCUAAGAAGUUGCAUGAUGAUUUAAUUAAAAAAAUGCCAGCAACUAGUGGUGAUGUGAGUGAAUUUAAGGCCAGCAAAGGUUGGUUUGAGAGAUUUAAAGGGAAGGGAAGUAACCCCAGUAAAGGACUUGCCACCUCAAGUCCUAAUGGAAGGGGAUUCCCCUUCUAAACACUAAGACCAUCAACACUCUUCCCUCCUCCCAUCCCAUCAAUCAUCACCUGAUCUUCAAUAAAGGUAAGUGUCAUGUAACUGUGCAUGUCUUCUUCAGUUUGUGUGUAUUAAAAUUAAUAUUUCAUGUGGUAAAAACAAUUUUUUUUCAUACUUUGGGGUGUCCUACACGGAUUAAUUUGAUUUCCAUUAUUUCUUAUGGGGAAAAUUAACUUGAUUAACGAUAAUUUUGACUAACGAUGAGCUCUCAGGAACGGAUUAAUAGCGUUAGUCGAGGGUCCACUGUAAAUGCACUGAAAACACUCGGAGGAGGAUUACAAAGAUGAUCCCUAUUAGGAUAGACUGAGGGCCCUGAAUCUGCACUCUUUCGAAAGGUGUAUAAUUAGGGGGAUAUGAUCGAGGUGUAUAAAUGGAAAACAGGAAUAAAUAAAGGGGAUUUAAAUAGCGUGCUGAAAAUUUCCCGCCAAGACAGGACUCGCAACAAUGGUUUCAAGUUGGAAAAAUUCAGAUUCAGGAAGGAUAUAGGAAAGCACUGGUUUGAUAAUAGAGUUGUGGAUGAGUGGAACAGACUCCUGAGUACAGUUAUUGUGGUUAAAACGUUGCGUAGCUUUAAAAAUGGGUUAGAUAAAUACAUGAGUGGGUGUGGGUGGGUGUGAGUUGGACCUGACUAGCUUGUGCUACUUGGUCUGAUGUGGUGCUCCUUCCUUAAGUGGAAGUGACCUGAUUAGGUGGGUCAUUGGGCUAAUCUGGGAGGGUGGGAAUGACAUGGACCUGCUUUGCAUGGGUCAGUAGUCUUGCUGCAGUGUUCCUUCUUUCUUAUGUUCUUAUAAAGCUCUACAUAGAGCAGGACAUUGUCAAAAUAAUAGUUUGCACCUGUGUCCUUUAUCACUCAUCAGAAUUAGUUUUUUUUUUUUUUUUUUUUUUUUUUUCAACAAGUCGGCGUCUCCCACCGAGGCAGAGUGACCCAAAAAAGAAAGAAAAUCCCCCAAAAGAAAAUACUUUCAUCAUCAUUCAACACUUUCAACACACUCACACAUUAUCACUGCUUUUGCAGAGGUGCUCAGAAUACAACAGUUCAGAAGCAUAUACGUAUAAAGAUACACAACAUAUCCCUCCAAACUGCCAAUAUCCCAAACCCCUCCUUUAAAGUGCAGGCAUUGUACUUCCCAUUUCCAGGACUCAAGUCCGACUAUAUGAAAAUAACCAGUUUCCCUGAAUCCCUUCACUAAAUAUUACCCUGCUCACACUCCAACAGAUCGUCAGGUCCCAAGUAUCAUUCGCCUCCAUUCACUCCUAUCUAAUACGCUCAUGCACGCUUGCUGGAAGUCCAAGCCCCUAGCCCACAAAACCUCCUUUACCCCCUCUUUCCAACCCUUUCGAGGACGACCCCUACCCCUCCUUCCUUCCCCUAUAGAUUUAUAUGCUUUCCAUGUCAUUCUACUUUGAUCCAUUCUCUCUAAAUGACCAUACCACCUCAACAACCCCUCUUCUGCCCUCUUGACUAAUGCUUUUAUUAACUCCACACCUUCUCCUAAUUUCCACACUCUGAAUUUUCUGCAUAAUAUUUACACCACACAUUGCCCUUAGACAGGACAUAUCCACUGCCUCCAACCGUCUCCUCGCUGCUGCAUUUACCACCCAAGCUUCACAUCCAUAUAAGAGUGUUGGUACUACUAUACUUUCAUACAUUCCCUUCUUUGCCUCCAUAGAUAACGUUUUUUGACUCCACAUAUACCUCAACGCACCACUCACCUUUUUUCCCUCAUCAAUUCUAUGAUUAACCUCAUCCUUCAUAAAUCCAUCCGCCGACACGUCAACUCCCAAGUAUCUGAAAACAUUCACUUCUUCCAUACAGAAUUAGUAUAAUUUUUUAUUCCAUUGCAUCUGCACCCAAUAUACUGCAUAUUUUAGUGUAUAUCAGUUUUCUUCCUGUGAAGCCCAUAUUACACAUAACAUUUUAGGUCUAGAGUUCUUGACCAAUCUCUUUUAAAUAAAUGUAAGUUAUUAUGUAUAUAAUAGCCUAGUAUCUGCUUUAUUUGUAUAUCUGUUAUCUCUUUAUUAGGUAUACAGUAGAGUAUUUUAGCACACUUUAUUACUAUUAUUUAACUUUAUUCUUAUAUAAUGUACACCCCUAUUAAGUCUGUAAUAUCAAGGGUUUACUUUAUGUAUUGUCACUCUGAAUAAUGUGAGACAUUCAAGUUAUUGUUUGUCAUUCUGAAUAAUGUGAGACUGAAUGUCUUGAAUGUCUCACAUUGAAUGUCUUAACAUUAUAUGUCUCACAUUAUUCAGAGUGACAACACAUAUAGUAAACCCCUUGAUAUUACAGACUCAAUAGGGGUGUAUGUUAUAUCAGAAUAAAGUUCAACAAUAGAAAUAAAGUGUGCUAAAAUACUCUACUGUAUACCUAAUAUAGAGGUCUUUCUUUCUUUCAACACACCGGCCGUAUCCCACCGAGGCGGGGUGGCCCAAAAGGAAAAACGAAAGUUUCUCCUUUUACAUUUAGUAUUAUAUACAGAAGAAGAGGUUACUAGCCCCUUGUAAUAUAGAGGUAACAGAUAUAUAAAUAAAGCAGAUACUAGGCUAUUAUGUAUAUAAUACAUAUUAAUAUUAUUUAAUAAAGAAAGAAAGAUGUAUAGUUUUGCUGUUAAUAUUAAAACUACAUAAUGAAUGUUGUAUUACUUGUUAUGCUGGGAUCACCUGUGCAUUACCUGUAUAGCUUAUUUUUUAUUCAUUUGUGUCUAGGUUGAAUUUCCAGGGACCUAGUGAAAGGAAUUGGGUUGUGACCUUAGUUUGGUCCCCAUUCUUAGUCAGGCCUGAUAACAUACCAUGUCUACUGUGAUUGUGAACAAGGUGCCUUGAUAGUAUAUCUUUUGAUAUUCUGUUAUUAAAUAGAGGUCAGGCCUCUUGUGGUUCUCAGGUUACCAAAUUUGUCUCUCUUCCAGUACACUACAGAGAAUUGGACAAACAUGGUAAUCUCAGCACUGCCAGAUCAUUCAUAAAAGGUCUGAGCACUCCAGUGAAUUAUUACAUUUGCUUUUAGAAAUUUUCAGUAAAUAUUCAAUUAUGUUAUUAUUUAGAUUGAGAAUUGAUUCUCUCCUUUAGAUGUGCAUAUGUAUAUGAAUGUAGGGAUGUGUUAGUUGUUGAGUGGCAAUGAGCUGCUUAUAGUGAGAGAGAAGGAAGAGUGUGAGGCUUAUCAGGGGUCUUCCCCACUUUUUCUCCUCAUACUAAAGGUCACAUAUGUGUCUUCCUCUCUCCCUCUUCAAUCCUACUGUUUGAGAUCACUUGAACAUCUCUCUAUCUUACUGUCAAAGGUCAUUCUUUCAUGCCUCCUUCCCUCCUACUGUCAAUAAGCACUUCAGAAUAUCUCUCUCUGUUCAUCAUGAAAAUUGAAAUCAUGCUUUGUUUUUAUUACAAUACAGUACAUAUACUGUAUUUCGUGGCUUAUAAGACUUGUUUUAGUUUAAGUGGCUCAGCAUUGGAUGUAACUUGGAGAGCUACAGCCCACCCCACACCCCAAACUUAUAGCUCCCAUCACUGACCUUUGGUAAAUAGGAUGCAGGGUGAUUUUUGGAGACAUUUUAUGGAAAAAACGUGCGUCUAAUAAGCUGCAAAAUACGGUAUAUGACAAGCCUUCAUAUGUUUUUCUUUCUGACUAAUUGAGUGUGUAUACAUAAGUAGUGCAUUUAUGGGGUACCCACUCUUUUCAGUGUAUUCUUUAGUACUGUAUAACUCAGCAAGAGCGUAAAGAGUAGUUACUCCUCCCUGCUUAGUAGGUAGAAGUGAAGAGAUCUCGUGGGUGAGCCUCUUAUCUUACUUAGCUUGGGCCUUGUGCAAAAGCAUGAAACUGAAGCACAUUAUAUAAUUUAAUUAUAAGGGUAAAAGGAUAUUGUUAGGUGUGUCAUAUCGCCUUACCUGUAGUCUACCUAUAGUUAAUUGUGGGGGUCAUCUUCUAACAGGCUGGUUCCAGACUAGGCCUCCUGAUUGACAAACUUGGUUGUAGCAUGCACUACAAUAUGUAGGCUUGGUAGCAAUGAAUUAUGUCCACAUACAAGUUAUAUCUUAUUGUUAUGUUGAGCUUUCAGUCAGAAGCCUCAUUAGAGGUGUAUAAUGAUAAUGUAUGUGAUAAUCGCCUAUGUAGUAUAAUAAAGGAAUAUAAUUUGUUAUUGUUAA